GAAAGAAUUUGCGCUGAGCUUCAUCAGAACAAAAUGAGAUCAAAAUAGGCUGACUGUUUCUUAGAGAAUGUAAUGUCUCUUUAUCUGCAGGAAAUCGAGGAAGUAGCUGACUAUGUUAAUGUACCAGCAUGCACUGUGGGUAAAGUAGCAGCCCCUCCAGAGGAAGUCAUAGAAGAACCUAGCUAUUUUAAUGCACCAGCAUGCACUGUGGAUAAAGUGGCAGCCCCUCCAGUUACGUCUGUCAUUUCUGAAAACGACGCCAAGCUGACGGCAGAAAUCCAGCAGCUGACUGUAGAGGUCCAGAACCUGACAACACGAAACCUGCAGCUGGAGACACAGAGGAAGAACUUAACAGAACAAAUACAAAACAUGGAGAAAAACUGGAAUGAGCUCAACGUCAGCCGAGCUCAGUGGAGCAUUGAUGCCUACUGCCCCAAAACAAGUAACGUGACACAGUGUCAAGCUUGUCAGAAUGGCUGGUUCCCCACCGGGUCUAACUGCUAUUAUUAUGACGCUGAUCCUCCUGAUCAGAAAACCUGGGAAGAAGCUCGACAAAACUGCAGAGGAAUGGAGUCAGAUCUGGUUGUUGUACAUAAUGAAAAGGAACAGAUUGCACUGAAUACAUACAGCGUGGGUAGUUCAGGAUACUGGUUUGGCCUGAGAGCUGAAGGUGGGAGAUGGAAGUGGAUUGAUGGAAGUGAUCUGACUGUAAGCUACUGGACACCACAACCUCCUCCUCCUGCUACUGAUGGUCAGUGUGUAAUGUCUGUCCAGAACGUGGGAUGGAGCACAGUGAACUCACGCUUUAAUCACGUGAGGAGGAAAACAGAACUUGAGGAGGAUCAGGGCUUGGCUUUGUGA